UCACAUGUCUUAGGUGAUAGUUUUUGAAAUUUUGAGUUUAUUUUGAUUUUGAACUUUGUUGCUGUUUCAAGUAAAGAUGAAGACAUUUUAGCAGUGAAAUAAAUUAGUGACGAAUCAUUUUUCACUUUGUUUGGAUCUUCAUGUGUUUCUAACGACGUGGCAACAGUGUGAAGCCUCUACAUCCCGACUGGAAAUGCUAAUUAUACUUUUUCAAUAUAUAACCUCAUGCUGAAAGAUGUAAUCAAUAUGGCACAUCGAGCUCUUAUGGGAAUAUCAAAAAAUUUGCCUAAAAGAGUAUUCAAACAAAUCAAACCAUUCCAAAAUCUAUUAGUUUUAGAUUUUGAAGCUACUUGUAAGAAGAGUGAAAUUUUAAAACCACAAGAAAUAAUUGAAUUCCCUUGUUUAGUUCUUUCCUGUGAUGAUUGGGAAGUGAAGGAUGUUUUUCAUAGAUACGUCAAGCCAAAGGUACAUGUAGAACUGUCAACUUUCUGUUCUGAAUUAACAGGAAUUACCACAGACACUUUAGAAGAUGAACAACAUUUUCCACAAGUGUUUUUAGACUUUUGUGAAUGGAUAAAAAGUGGACAUUAUUUUGAUGAAAAAGAUGAAAGUGCUUUUGUAACUUGUGGUGAUUGGGAUUUAAAGGUAAUGCUACCUAAUCAAUGCCAAUUAGAAAACAUUAAAAUACCUGAUUAUUUCGAUGAAUGGAUUAAUUUAAAAACAUCUUUCUACACAUUUACGAAUUAUUAUCCUAAAAGUUUAAAUGAUAUGUUAAGACACUUUAAGAUGGAAUUUAAAGGUAAAAGCCACUGUGGUCUUGAUGAUGCACAUAAUAUAGCCAGAAUCGUUCAAACAUUAGGUAAUAAAUAUAAUAAUAAAUUUGUAAUAACAACUAAAAUUAAUGAGUGAUAACAUGUAUGAAUUUAAUGAUUAAGUCUGUAAAA